AAAGUAAACAGUAAAUAAACAAGUUAUAUUUAAAAUUCUAACCAGUAUCGUCUCCAUUUCAGUAAAAAAAAGGUUAAAUAUUGUGUAGUAUUUAACGGUACUAGAGCGUGACGGUGUUGACAAUCGGCAGGGGGCGCUGUGACGGAAGGAGGUCUGUGAGGAAAGAAUUCACGAGAUUUACAAAUAUGGCGGUACCGUUGAGCUGCAACGAGAGGAAAUAAACUGACAAACAGGACAAAAAAGAAAACAAACAAAGACAAACAGAAACAAAACCUACCUUCAUCUGGUAAUAUCGUAAACAAGGUAUGCCAACAAAGAAGAAAUCGAAACUUGCUACAAAGAAAAAGUAUGCAUGGAAAAAACUUAAAAAUAAGGAAGACGAAAGUGUUUUCGAUGAUAAAAGAGAAGCAAAAGAUGAUGUUACCAAGGCGGCAGUGACAUUCAAUGAAUCGGAGUGCACCAACGUGUCUAACAUUACUCUCAAGCAGUCGUCGUCAUGCUUAUGCAAAAGCGGUUUACAAGAAGACUUCUCACAUACGGCUAAGCCACACCUAAACGAGACAGUAGCUUCAUGUGGUACAGAUCUUCAACAAGGUAUGCCACCAGGGAGGAAAUCGAAACUUUCUACAGAGUAUGUAGGGAGAAAAUGUAAACACAUCAAAGAAAAGAAGACUGUGAUCGAUGAUAAAAGAGAAGCAAAAGAUGAUGUUGCAGUGGCAUUCAAUGAAAAGGAUGGCACCAACGUGAGUGACUUUACUCUCAAGCAGUCAUCGUCAUGCAAUGUCAACAUAACAGACAGCUUACGGCCGAAUGGCAGAUUAGAAAAACAGAAAUCCAAAAGACAUUCACAGUUCAAUAAAAACCGAGGUUUAGAUGAACAGUUAUGCAACAGUGGUUUAAAAGAUGACUACUCACAUACGGUAAAGACACACCUAAACGAGACAGUAGCUUCAUGUGGUACAUAUCUUCAACAAGGCAUGCCACCAGGGAAGAAAUCGAAACUUUCUACACAGUAUAAACGGAGAAAACGGAGAAAACGUAAACACGACGAAGUAAAGAAGACCGUUAUCGAUGAUAAAAGAGAAGCAGAAAAUGGCGUUACCAAGACGGCAGCGGCAGUCAACGAAACGGAGUGCACCAAUGUUUCUCUCAUUAUUCACAAGCAGCCAUCGUCAUGCUAUGGCAGAAUCAGAGACAGCCUAGGACUGAGUAGCAGAUUAAAACAGCAGAAAGACAAAAGAGAUGCACAGUUAAAAAUCAAACGAGGUCUAGACGGACAGGUUUGCGAAAGCAGUUUCGAGGACGACUUCUCACAGACAGUUGAGGCAUUCAUAGAAGAAACAGAAAUUCUGAUUCAGCAGUGUAUUAACAGAGUCCCCUGACCUGAAUCCGUGUUGACUUAUCCGUUACAACUCGUCUAGAUAGCAAGGAAAGCAUGCACCCCAAUAUUGUCAUGUUUUUGAUGGGGUGUUCAAUCACAUGUCGUUUGUUCAAUGGCGACAUUACCGGCUUAUUGUCAUUAAGUGACUUACAUUUCUUACAACUGUCAUUUUGAUUUUGCAAAUGCUAACAUUAAGUGGCAUCUGAGAGAAGCAGAGUUAUGGAGGUCUGAAGGGAUGGUGCAGCAGGGAGCCACCUUCCGCCCGGUUGGUGCAGCGUUGGGUGUACACCACACCGUCAUCACCAGCGCAUGGUAGAGAGAUACCGCUACAUGGUACACAAGCCAGGAGGCAUGCUGGAGAUCGGCAAAGGGUCGCAACACCAGCUCAGGAUCGGGAUUUUGUUGUUCAGGCACAUCAUGCAAAAUUUUCGACAGCAACUUCUCUUGAAAAUGACCUUGCUUUAUCGGAAGGGUCCGUGUUUCCACGCAGACGGUACGUAGAAGGAUACAUGAAGGUAAUUUACGAUCGAGAAGACCUUGCAUACGUAACCCCUUGACGCGUUGAUAUCGUCAGAUGUGUUUUGAAUGGACCAUGGAGCAUACACGGUGGACUGUACAACACUGGAGACACGUUCUGUUCACUGAUGAGUCCAGGUUCUGCCUAGACUUCAUAGAUAGGCGUGUUAGAGUCUGGAGAAGACAUGGUGAACGGUUUUAGACUGAAAAUAAUAUUGAGCAUGACCGCUACGGAGAUGGGUCAGUUAUGAUGUGGGGAGACAUCAGCUUGGAUGGACCAUACCACAUGGUUGUACUAAGUAGAGGCACAUGACAGGUCAGCGAUACAUAGAACACAUCUUAGACCACCAGAUUAGUUUGUAUGCUAGAGCAGUUGGCGAUCAGUACAUUCUAAUCGACGAUAAUGCUCGUCCCCAAUAUUGCCAGGGUGGUCCAGUACUAUCUAAAGAGGGAGUCUAUUGAGCGCAUGGACUGACUAGCUCGCUCACCUGACUGAAUUCCAAUAGAACACAUGUGAAAUUAUCUGCAGGUUGGAAAUUCAGCCCGUCAGCUGCAACCAAGAACCAUACAGGAGCUUGAAGCCUUGUUGGUCCAAGAAAAGGCAGCCAUAAACGUUCGAACGAUCAGAAACCUAAUGGGGAGUAUGAGGUGCUGCCAAGCUGUCAUUGAUAGUCACAGGUCACACACACACGGUAUAAAGUUCAAAACUGUAAAGAAAAAAAAACAAAAAACAACAACAACAACAAUUUAACUAAUUUGGAAAAAUUAAGAUCAACAAGGAAAGGCGGCGAUCAAUAAACGCAAACUCAUUUAUAUGUAUAAUGUAAAAUUCUUCCUCCAGCUGAUUUGAUUAAACAGUAAAUCAACAUUUAAAACCUUUCGCACGGCGUUAAUAAAAUUAUUCCAAAAACAUUCACACUAAACAUAUGUGCUUAGCAAAAGUUGAGUAUUAUAUUUUUUCCAGACUUCAAAGAACUUGACGAUUAUGUACAUGAACCAUGGAUAGGGAAAAAUCUUAAC